AUGAUCUUCGAUCCUGCCUUGGAUGAUUAUAUUGAUUAUAGCCUUCUCAUGAGCGAGGCAGAGGACCAGAAGCGAAGCAAUGAAUCAACUGAUGUUCGCGUAUCUUCGCGUGACGCAAUCGAUUCGCCAGUUGGAAGCCCUUCGACCUUCUUAGAAUCCUUUGAUGUAGUACGGGACCGCGAGGAAGAUAGACCAGCAUCUGUAUCGCCCUCGAGCUUCGCCCCCUCGCCAAAGCAUCUCACUGUCGCCGAUCACACUGGCGCUACCGAUUUGGACCUCGAGAAGUCCAUUUCUGGCAGAACGCUGUCUACGGAUGAUCCUUUCGCUUUCCUCUUUGCAGAUGAACACCACAUGUUUGCACCAAGGACGAAGGACCUUGACCCUUAUCAUUUCUUGCCAUCCAAGUCACAGCAGAUUCUUCCCGAAAACAGCGCUGUAUUACGAGACACAGCGUGGAGCGAUGAGACGUACGUCAUCAUGUCAUACAGCAUCAUAGUUCUCAUUCAAAUUCUAACUCUUCAUUAA